AUGUCCUGGACUGUCCUCCUCUUCGCAGCUGGCUCCUUGGCGAUCCCAGCACCGUCCAUCUCGCUGUUGGGCCCGCACCCCAGCAGCCAUGAGGAUCCCAUCUACAUCGCAUGCGUGGCCCCCAGUGACUUACGCGGCGCAAACUUCACACUGUACCUCGGAAAAGAGGAGGUCCAGCUCCUACAGGCCCCCAAGGACCAGUUCAGUGUCACCUUCAACUUGAGCGGCAGUAGGGGCAGUCAGGCCCCAGGGGACACCUUCCACUGUACGUACAGCGUGCUGGGUGAGAACAACCAGACCCAGAUGUCGGACCCCAGCGAGAGCUUGCACAUCACCUUCCCAGUGCCCACUUGGAUCCUGGCACUGUCCCUGAGCCUGGCUGGUGCCUUCUUCCUCCUUGUCAUGCUGGUGGCUGUUGUCAUGGUGAUCAGGAGAGUUAAAGUCACAAAUUUGCAGAAGAAAAGGGUGCCCCCAAAGCGGCCCUUGGCCCCUGGCAAGUCUCCUUACCCCUCAGCAGCAACACAGACGACCAUGUGCAUUGUGUCCUUCACAUCCUCCCGACCUGCCCACGACAUGUCCUUCAAUAACACCUUGUUUGCCGUCUCCAUGAAAAUGGCAUCAGAAGAGGAUGCGGCCUCCCCGGAUGCUUACUCCGGCUCCACAGUGGCCUCCGGUGUCUCUGGGCCUCGGAAGAGGCCCACCUCUACCUCGUCCUCACCUGAGCUCCCGGAGUUCAGCACUUUCCGGGGCCCCCUCUGAGCUGAGGUCCUCCAAGCUGGCGGAGCUGGGGGUGUCUGUCCUCCCCCCAGUUACUUCUGGCACAGCGGCCCUGGCUGCUGGUUUCUCAGGGAAUUUAUCGGAG